UACACCGCGGCAGCUACCCCGCAGCCGGCUGUCGGAGGCGCAGUCGGUAGGCCCUGGAACCCGGGAGAGCCCCUUGGGAGACGACGCGGAGCCCGGAGAGCUGCAAGGCUCAUCCCUGCCCGGCGCGGAGGACCCCACUGGUGAUCUUGGAAGAGUCUGGAUCAUGGAAUCGAUCUCUAUGAUGGGAAGCCCUAAGAGCCUUAGUGAAACUUUUUUGCCUAAUGGCAUAAAUGGUAUCAAAGAUGCAAGGAAGGUCACUGUAGGUGUAAUUGGAAGUGGGGAUUUUGCCAAGUCCUUGACUAUCCGACUUAUUAGAUGUGGCUAUCAUGUGGUCAUAGGAAGCAGAAAUCCUAAGUUUGCUUCUGAAUUUUUUCCUCAUGUGGUAGAUGUCACUCAUCAUGAAGAUGCGCUAACAAAAACAAAUAUAAUAUUUGUUGCUAUACAUAGAGAACAUUACACCUCCCUGUGGGACCUGAGACAUCUGCUUGUAGGUAAAAUUCUGAUUGACGUUAGCAAUAACAUGAAGAUAAACCAAUACCCAGAAUCCAAUGCUGAAUAUUUAGCUUCAUUAUUCCCAGAUUCCUUGGUGGUCAAAGGAUUUAAUGUUGUCUCAGCGUGGGCACUUCAGUUAGGACCUAAGGAUGCAAGCCGGCAGGUUUAUAUAUGCAGCAACAACAUUCAGGCUCGACAACAGGUUAUUGAACUUGCUCGUCAGCUGAAUUUCAUUCCAGUUGACCUGGGAUCACUAUCAUCAGCCAGAGAGAUUGAAAAUUUACCCUUGAGACUAUUUACUCUUUGGAGAGGGCCAGUGGUAGUAGCCAUAAGCCUGGCCACAUUUUUCUUCCUUUAUUCCUUUGUCAGAGAUGUGAUACAUCCAUAUGCAAGAAACCAGCAGAGUGACUUUUACAAGAUUCCUAUUGAGAUUGUGAAUAAAACCUUGCCCAUAGUUGCCAUUACUUUGCUGUCCUUGGUAUACCUAGCUGGUCUCCUGGCGGCUGCUUAUCAGCUGUAUUAUGGCACUAAGUAUAGGAGAUUUGCACCUUGGUUGGAGACCUGGUUACAGUGUAGAAAACAGCUUGGAUUGCUAAGUUUUUUCUUCGCUGCCGUCCAUGUUGCCUACAGCCUCUGCUUACCAAUGAGAAGGUCGGAGAGAUACUUGUUUCUCAAUAUGGCUUAUCAACAGGUUCAUGCAAAUAUUGAAAACUCUUGGAAUGAGGAAGAAGUUUGGAGAAUUGAAAUGUAUAUCUCCUUUGGCAUAAUGAGCCUUGGCUUACUUUCCCUAUUGGCAGUCACCUCUAUCCCUUCUGUGAGCAGUGCUUUAAAUUGGAGGGAAUUCAGUUUUAUUCAGUCUACACUUGGAUAUGUUGCUCUGCUCAUAAGUACUUUCCAUGUUUUAAUUUAUGGAUGGAAAAGAGCUUUUGAAGAGGAGUACUACAGGUUUUAUACACCACCAAACUUUGUUCUUGCUCUUGUUUUGCCCUCAAUUGUAAUUCUGGGUAAGAUCAUUUUACUCCUUCCAUGUAUAAGCCAAAAGCUCAAAAGAAUUAAAAAAGGCUGGGAAAAGAGCCAACUUCUAGAAGAAGGUAUUGGAGGAACAAUUCCUCAUCUUUCACCAGAGAGGGUUACUGUAAUGUGAUGAUAAGCGGUGCUCACUGAUACCAUAUAAAGUUCUACUUACACCAUUAUUUUUAUGAUUUCCUCUUUUUACGUUCAGAAGUUUGUGUAAAUGCGCUUGUCAUAAUCACUUUAGGUUGAAACCUGUUAAAUGAGGGUCUCAACCAAAUUCGUGGUAGAAUUUUCUUCAAAUUAAUGUUCAUAGUUGUUGUAUUUGGCUGAUAUGAACUUUAGAGCCAAAUAUAUUGUUGAAAUUUAGGUCCUUUUUGUUUUGUUUUGCACAACUGUAACACUAUUGUCAUUUUAACAAAACUACAUGUAUAAAUAGACCAAAAUACUUAUAAUCAUAUAGACACAUUUCAUAAUGUUAAAAACACUGUGUAAACCAGCAGAAUUUUAAGCUUUUAAUAUAAUUCAGUGGAUCUGUGUUUUAUUCUGAAGCUUAAGUAAUGUUUUUAAUUCUUAUACAACUUAAGAAAUAGAAAUGAGUAAUCAUAUAUUAUUUUUUAAAAAGGACAUAUUACAUUAUCAUCUAGGUAAAGGUGUUGUGGUAACAUUCCUAUAUUUUUCUUAUAAGGUAGGAUUUGGAGAAUGUAGCUAAUUUUAUGAACACGUGAUUAUGGGAACAAACACAAAUUCUGAAGACAUGUUAAACCUGAAAUUUUAUUUAAAAUGCCUUGGAGGCAUGAAGUACUGAAAAUGUACACCCUGUGAAAGAUUAUAUGCUUUUGCUUACAACAGGUUCAUUUGCACACUAAUAUGUUGACCAGGGAGAGGAUUCCUUAAUAUUCUGCCUCCAAAAUUAAGAUAGUAUCAAUCCUGGGAAUCUUUUCAUUGUUCCUAAUUAGUGGGAAAGUGUCAAGUUAACACACAAGUAGCUGUAAACUGCUCUGUGUUGUUGCACCUUAGCCAAUCUCCACUUUGUGGAGUGGGAUUUUACUGACGUUCAUUGAGGGUUUAUAAGAUGCCAGGCAGGCACUGUUCUAAGCACUUUACUUAUAUUUCCCAUUUAAUAAAACAAUCCCAUGAAGUAGUUAGUUAUUAUCUUCACUUCAUGUAUAAGGAAACUAAGGUACAGAAAGGUUAAGUAAUUUGCCCAAGGUAAAAAAGUUAAGUAAUUUGCCCAAGGUCAUGCAGUUAGUAAGUGGCAGAACCAGCGUUCAAAUCGAAGCAGUCAGAUUACAGAGGCUAUGCUUUUAAUCCUGAGGGGGCGCUACUGCCCUUGCUUCAUCCCCAUGCAUUAUGUUCAGGAUGCCAAUCUAGAUGCUUCCUCUUUUGUAUAGUCAUCAACAUUCUUUAGAGAGAGUUGUAUGUAUCCAAAGAUAAUGAGAAUAUUACAAUCAUAAACUUAUUAUUGCUUGUGGGAUAAGCCACAGUUAAUUAUCCAGAUCUGACCUGAGACAUGAGCCUGGAGACCUAAGACAGGGGCCUCCCUGGGCAGUGAUGGACCCCCUGUGCAGUGAGAGGACCGUGGCAGUGUGAAGGGAUUGCUGAGGUCCUGCAGAAUAUUAAAAUAAAAUCCCCGUAGGGCUGGUCAUCAACUUUUCUCUUUCUGAACUGUCCUACCUACCUACACAACCAUUCAUUAGGGAGCAAUUUGCAAGCAUGAAGGUUAUUAGGAUAAGUAGUUAAUUAUAAAUCCACUCUAGAGACAUAUAAUCAUGUGAAUUAUUCAUAAAAAUUUUCAACACAGACAUUUCACAUUUAAAUUGCACUUUGUGCAAACCUUGGUUAGAAUGCCCUACAUUUUUCCACAUUUGCUCUUUCCUUAUCAAAAUAGAGAGCUGCAGACAAGAUAAAAUUAUAUGCAUUCCUUUUCCUGAAAUUAUAACAUUUCUAAACUUACUCAUUGAGGUACUACCGAAUCUAGCUGUGAAAGAAAACAGGAUUUUAUUUAGUGAAAGCUACCUUUCCCACUAACUGCAUUUUUGUCAGUUUGAGAAAUCACUCACACUUCUCUGAUUUUCUCUUUUCUUGGUGAAUUUUAGUAUCUGCUACUUUAAUUGAAGUUUUCUGUUUUCUUUAUUUUAAUUUAUACUUCUGUUGAUAACUGGUUGUCAGUUCUUAGUAGGAAUUCAGUUGGGUGAUAACCUAGACAAAAACACCUAUAAAUAAUAUUAUUUUAGUAGACUAAUGAAAGUAACAUGUUUUCAAUACUUGUUCCUUAAAUUUCACUUUCUUAAGACCAUGCUUUAACCAUUUAAUGCAAAUGUAAAAUGAGAGAUUUUAAAAGUUAGAUGACUAUUAAAGUAUAUUGUUGCAUGUAUAUAUUAAGUAGCCAAUAAUAUAGAUAAGGUUAUUGCUAUUGCACUUAAAUGGGGCCUUUGAAAAUACGAAAAAUAAACUUUUAUGAAAAUGUAUAAAAUAUACACCUAUUGUUUCAAAUGGUAAUAGCACCUUUCAUAUACGGAUGGUAAUAUAGAAGUUUAAGGAUAAACAUAAUAUAUCUAUUAUAAUUCUAAAUGUUUAAAAACCUUUCUAAAAAUGCAAAAAUAUUGUCUUUUACUUGCUUUACUAUCUCUUAUCUAUUUUUCAUAAUAAUUAUUUUAUUUCAUAAACAUUUUUCUGAAUAAUUCUUCUGGCCUCUGAAAUAAGACUGAAUUCUGUUGUUGUUAGAUGUGGUGUCAACUUUAGAGCAGCAGGGAUUUAUUUCAUGACCUGAAUUUUGAGAAGUGCCCCUGAGAAAAUUAUAAGAAGGUAGAAAAUAUACCCAGUCUUAUUCCUAUGCAAAAAAAUCAAGUAAGUUCUUCCUAGGAAGAUAAUAAUGAUACAUGGACUGUAUCAUGCUACUUAGCUUUUGUGUGCAGAUUUCCAGUAUCUCCUUUUUUAGAACAUUUAAAUCAUGUUUAAAUAUGACUAUAUUAAUGCUAUCGUAUAUUUUUCAAAACAUAAUAUUCUGGAAAUUUAGCCCAGAUUGUUUACAUGUGAAAUUUUCAUUUACAUUUUUAAAUAUUUAAAAGUAUGAACAAAUUAUAUUUAUAGGUAUUUAUGAGAGAUAAUUAUUUUGUGCUACACACAGUUGGCUAAUGAGCCCCAGUGUUAAAUUACCUGAUUAAUUUCUUAUAAAUUAGCAUGACCUUGACUUGAUUAGGAAUUUUAGUUUCAAAAUUAUUUAAUAAUGGUAAUUUGAGUUAUGUUCAUACUUACCUUACAGUCAAAUUAUGAAUGUUAUUUGUACAAGAAUUUCAAGACUAUAUCAUAUCAUAGCCAAGUUUUUUAUUAUCUCUUACAUGAGAAAACCUUAAUCCUUUUCAUUGCCUUUUGCCAUUAAACUAUCCCAUAAUGAAAUCCAUAGAGUUUCUCCCCCAAAAAGAGGUUUAAUUAUGAAAUUUAGGGUUUCUUAUCUGGCAUUUAAAAUUAAGUACCAUAAUGUAAUUCAUAAGUAUUUCCUUAGGAAUUCUGUCAACACUGAACUAAUUAUAGCUGUGUCAGUCUAUAAAAUCCCUGCUUUUGAAAUAAGUAAACAGCCUAAAAUGUUGUGUUGAAAUUAUUUUAUAAAUUCUUGACUUAGAACAGUGCUACAUAUAGUAUAACAUGCUUGAAUGCAGUGUUAAGACUUCUGUUUGUGAUGCAUUGUCAUAAAAAUGUGAUGCUGCACCCUCAAUUGUUCAUAAGUCAAUGAAAAAAUUCUGGUGUAUGUUUAAUAUAUGUAAUUAGCCUUAAGUGAAACUGUAAUAAUUUUAGUGGAAACACAAUCUGUUCAUAUCUUUGAAUGGUGAAUUUUACAGGAAUAAAUAGGUUCUUCAUUUUUUUAAUCUAAGAAAAAUAUAAAGUACUUAGGAUGCAAAGAAUCUGCACGACACCAAAAAUGUUCAGCCUAACACAAUUACACUGAAAUUUUUUUUUUAACUUUACAAAUUAUUGAGUUCCCAUUGUGGAGUCAUAUAAAAUUAGGGCUGACUAUGGAUUCUCCCAGUGGAUAUUUGGACUAGAUUAAGUCAGAAAAGCAGGUGCCUUUUUUAUGAUUUCCAAAUUGCCAAUUUCAAGGAAGUAUUUUCUUUAAAAGUCCUUCAUUGCUUUGCAGACUUCCAGCCUGAGCAAUGACUAGAAGUAGUCCCCCAGUGUCUGUUUGCCCUAUUUCUUUAAAAGCUGUUGCAUCUUCCAUUCCCCAACUAUAAUGUAUCCACGGGACUGAGUACUGGCCAUUGAGAUGUAAGGGGAAGAAUGUGUGACUUCCCAGAAGUCUCCUUACAGGAAAGAAGCGUGUGCUCUUUAUUGUCUUCCUCCAUCUUGCUGUGGGGAAUGUGGAUAUGAUGACAGGACCCCUGGCAGCCAUCCCAGAAGGACCAAGGCCCAGUGGAAGGCAGACUGGAGACUAGAUAGUCCCUGACUACUUUUUCCUGAUGGACAAAUAAACAGUUUAAACCAUUGUUAAUCUGAGUUUCAUUGUCAUGUGAAGUCAAAACAGUUCCCUUACAACUUUCAUUUCUUUGUCCUGAUACCGUUUAACACUGUUUGAAUCAACUAGACUGCAAUAAUUUUUACAUUCAAAAGCUUUUAAAGGAUAAUUUGCAAUUCAUAUUAAAAUUAAUUUUCCACUGUUAAUUAAUUAUACUCAUUUUGUUGCCUUGAUCUUUCAUGAGAUAUUUUGUGUCUGCUUGGAAAACAGUUUUCUUUGUAACUCUAUAAUUGAUAUUUGCUAAAACUCUGUAAAUCUCCAAAACACAACCACCAAAUUACAUGCCACAUUUUUAUAUCAUUCUCAUAGACUUGCCUUAUAAACAUCUAAAUAAA